UCUGACGUGUUCAACUAACACAGGAGUUCAGUGAAACAGAAGCCCUCCUCUGAAACGCAAACCGCGGCUAACGUUCAAACAUGCUACUCCCAGAUAUUCACCUAAAUAAGUGACCCGAAUAGUUUCAGAGUUGGUUCGACUGAGAGCCGCCAUGGGGACUGCGUUCGCCGUGCUCCUUGUUUUUGUCGGAUGUUGUAGCAAUGUGGUUUUCCUGGAGCUGCUAGUGAGAGAGUUCCCAGGAUGCGGCAACAUAGUCACCUUUGCUCAGUUUGUCUUUAUAGCCUUAGAAGGUUUUAUAUUUGAAGCAAAGUGUGGAAGAAAGAAACCAGCGAUUCCUGUCAGUAAUUAUGUCAUCAUGGUGACCAUGUUCUUCACUGUCAGUGUGAUCAACAACUACGCUCUGAACUUUAACAUCGCCAUGCCAUUACACAUGAUCUUCAGAUCAGGAUCACUUAUAGCCAACAUGAUCCUGGGAAUAAUCAUCCUAAAAAAGAGGUAUUCAGCCAGCAAAUAUCUCUCUAUUGUUUUAGUUUCCACUGGUAUCUUCAUCUGCACCAUCAUGUCAGCCAAGCAAGUGCAUGAUGUGUCCAGUGAUGGAUCAGAGGAGGAGGGCUUUUAUGCCUUUAUGCACUGGCUUAUUGGCAUCGCCAUGUUGACCUUUGCUCUGCUGAUGUCUGCGAGGAUGGGCAUUUUCCAGGAGACGCUCUACAAGCAGUACGGAAAGCACUCCAAGGAGGCGCUCUUCUAUAACCACUGCCUGCCUCUGCCCGGCUUCCUGCUUCUCUCCACAAACAUCUACAACCACUGCAUCCUCUUCAGUCAAAGCACUCCCGUGGUCGUUCCUGUGGUCGGAGUGACCAUGCCGAUAAUGUGGCUCUACCUGCUGAUCAAUGUCAUCACUCAAUACGUGUGCAUCCGCGGCGUCUUCAUCCUGACUACUGAGUGCACGUCGCUGACCGUCACCCUGGUGGUGACCCUCAGAAAGUUCCUCAGCCUCAUCUUCUCCAUCCUUUACUUCCAAAACCCCUUCACCGCCUGGCACUGGGUGGGCACCGCUGUGGUUUUCGUCGGCACCCUGCUGUACACCGAGGUCUGGAGCAGCGUGCGGGCAGCUCUGCGUGGGGACAAGGAGAAGAAGGCGGAGUGACCCUGAUCCUCCUGGUCAAAUAGUUUUUAAGCUCUCCUUUGGUAGAUUUUAUACAGUUCUGGACAUUUUGCUUGCAUACUUGAUGACAUCCUUUACAAACACAAUCAAGUUGAAAUGAGGUGCUGAUGAUAUUCUGCUAUUUCUGGGAACAAACAUCAUGAAAAGACCUAAAAAUGGUGGAAAAGAAUGAUUUGCAAUCCUCUCAGUUAGUUAAGGGUCAUGACAUUAAGAGUCGACUGUUUUUUUUGUUAUAAUAUUUAAGUUUAGCAACUUGGGCCGCUUUAUUAGUUAAACUGAGCUCAGGCUUAUUGGACCAUUUUUCUGGAGAUCUUUCAUUCUUGGUUCCCAACAUUGGUGCCAGAAAUAUUCCUCUGAGAUUUUAUUGCUCUGUUGGAUUUCGAUCUGGAGAAUAAAUGGUCUAUUAGAGAACACUGAACCUAAAUUGUAAGAUGAUCUGAGCUUUAUCCAGCUAGAAGUAGCCAUCAUUUCUACUCUGUCGUCAUGUUAGGAUAAUACGGAAGAGGAUUAGGGCCACUGAAAAAAAAAGUUAACUGAUUUUUAAAUUUUAUUUUAGUUUAACAUGGGGAAAAAAG